AUGGCUCCAAACAGUCAGACAGCUAAUCAAGCCGUCGAUGAUGCUCUCGCACCAUGCAAUGAUGCCAUGAGAUGUGCUGUUUCUCCGUCUUUGAAAAACAACACUCCAGGUGAAAUCCUGUUUGCUAGUGACAUGUUGCUCAACAUUCCUGUCAUUGUCGAUCUUUUGAGUAUACAGGAAAAACGACAAUUGAUGGUCAACGAAAAUCUACGGCAACAAAAUGCUAAACGAAAAGAGUUUGACUACAACGUUGGUAGUGAAGUUUUGGUCAAGAAUUUCAAUCCAAGUAAAUUGGAUCCAAAGAUGGAAGGUCCGUAUCAAAUUACUCGUGUGUUUACUAACAGAACUGUUGAAAUUUGCAGGAGUCCUCAAGUCUUUGAGAGACUGAAUAUACGGCGCCUUGUGACAUUUUGUUGA